UUCCUCUCUUCCAUAAAUAUUUUGGGGGCUUUAUUUUAAAAAUAAAAGUUAAGUACUUUGUUUCGGCAGAAGCAACUACGAGGAAAGAGCGCGUUCGGCUGUGCAAAACUACACUUCCCACAAUUCCACGGGUCAGUGUUGCGUAACUUUCGGAACGUCUUCCAGGAGAAACUCUGCGGCCCAGACGACUUGGCAGAAACUUCAAACUCCUCGAUUCUGAAUGACACAAAAUCCAACGGAGUUGCAUAAACUCAUCCAUAACGAGGAAAUAAUCGACCGCAAGCGCUCGGAGGCUGGCUGUGAAAGAGAUUCACGGUGGAUUUGAGAACGCAAGAUCGCGAGGGCCUAUCAAAUAUGUCCUCUUCCUCGCAGGCGUCUUCCAGGCGGCAAUGGUGCUACCUUUGCGACCUGCCAAAGAUGCCGUGGGCCAUGAUUUGGGACUUCAGCGAGGCCGUGUGCAGAGGCUGCGUGAACUACGAGGGCGCGGACAGAAUAGAGCUGCUCAUCGACGCGGCGCGGCAGCUCAAGCGAACACAUGUGAUGCAGGAGGGCAGAUCUCCGGGUCCGCAGCCCGGCGGUAAACACGCUCCCGCUGGUAAGGAGGGUCCUUUGGAGACCGGCAGACCGCCCUCCGAGCGAUAUGAACGGGGAAGGGGAGAAUACAUGUCUGCCAGGCUGCCCAACGGGCUGCCCAGACUGGAAGAUGGAGGUCCGCCUGAGGUUAGUAGACAGAGUCCUACCGCCAGGAGGACUUUAGUGGGGGCUGUGCCACCCAAUUUAAUGGCGCAAGGGCUUGUCGGAGCCCCUCAUGGCCUGCUGACUGCCAUGCCUGGUCUGAAUGCCCGAGCUGGUGGCGCCCCCUUGACCAUUUCCGCCCCCAUGUUAAACGAGCUCAGCAAAAGACAGGCCAUGGGCAUGGGGAUGAACGUGGGCGUGGCGUCUUUCAUGAUCCCGGAAUUCGAAAAGGAGCUCAAGGAGAAGCAGAGGAACGCCGAAGCCCUCGCCGAGCUUUCCGAAAGCGUCCGGAACCGCGCAGAAGACUGGGCUGGACGCCCCAAACACAUGCGCGAGGCCUUGCACGCCCUUUCCGGCUGCACCCCGUUCAAUGUGCGCUUUAAGAAAGACCACGGCCUGGCGGGAAGGGUAUUCGCUUUUGACGCCAAGCUGAUGGCUGAGUUUGAGCUGAAGGUCUUCAUCGAGUAUCCCUGCGGAUCCGGUAACGUGUUCCCCAGCGUCUUAGCGCUGGUCAAGCAGAUGUUCCACGACUCUCAGAAAGACACCGGAAAGGUCAUUAAUUCGGGGUACAAAUACGUGGAGUAUGAGAAAAGGCAUGGCACCGGCGACUGGCGCCUCCUGUCGGAGCUGCUCAGCGAUGGAGUGCGGGCGUUCAAAGAUGCGCCGGCCCCGGAAACCCUCCCGCAGCUUUACCUGGACCCCAGCUGCUCCAUGUUACCCAGCGCGCUCUGCCACAUCGGCCGUCCCACGCAGCCAAGAGUGCGCAGGCGCAAAGCCUCGCCCGAGCCGGACGGAGCCGAGAGGAUGAGCUCAGAGGAGAUGCGCCAGCAUUGGCCGCUUGGCGUGUAUCCCGGAUUGCCCGGCCAUAUUCCAGCAACCUUGCUAGCCAGCGUGGGGCAGCCUCCAGAGGGCAUGGGGGCGCAUGGUAGCGACCCGUCACCCAUCUCGGCGCUCAUGAGUGUGGCUGACAACGUCGGCACGGCCACCCAGGCCCCUAAAGAUGCACCGGGCGGCAGCAGCGGUGCCAACGCAGGGCGGCAGAACAGCGCAAGCCCUUCACCCGCAGGCGGUCAGCGGCGGCUGGCGUCGCGCAACGGAGAACCAUCGGUGGGAAGUAGCGCAGGAGGACCGACCACGACCGUCACCGCGUCCCUCGCUGACCAGAGUGCCGUCAUGGGAGGCGAAGGCUCAGGAGGAGCUGGAGGAGGAGGAGGUGCUCCUCUGUGCUGCACCAUCUGCCACGAGCGCCUGGAGGACACACACUUCGUCCAGUGUCCGUCGGUGCCCGGGCACAAGUUCUGCUUCCCUUGCACUCGGGACUUCAUCUGCAGACAGGGCUCAGGGAAUGAGGUGUACUGCCCCAGUGGAGAGAAGUGCCCUCUCGUGGGCUCCAACGUGCCGUGGGCCUUCAUGCAAGGCGAGAUCUCUACAAUCCUGGCGGGUGAUGUGAAGGUGAAGAAGGAAAGAGACCUCUAACAGCCAGCAGCAGAACUCAAACCUCACUCUGAGGAAGGUGCGAUCCUGAGCCCUAAAGAUGGCCGCUGUGUUCGUGUGGCCCACAGCACUGAAGAGAUGGCUGCUGGUGGGCAGGUCCUCUUCCUCCAUCUACCCAGGCCCCCUCUUGCCUUUCGCCAUCUUCCCCUCCCCCCCUCCUUUUCCUUCCCUCCAUCGUCUCACUUUCAGGUGAGGCGUUGGAGAAUACAGCCAUUUUUCUCUUUAGAGAUGCCCACGUAUUAAACCCUCCAGCACUUAUUUCAGAUUUGUUGGCCCGCGUCGAUUCUUCUGCAGCGCUUUAAGAACUUUCAGUCUGCAAACCAAAACCAGGUU